AUGCCGUUGUCCUUGGUCGUUGGUACUUUGGGUGAUCUUCUAGCAUCCGAGGAAUCGGCUUCUACUGGCAGCGUGGAGCGGACAGCGUGGGGAUGGACUAUAACUGUUGUUGGGUGGCUGAUCGUAGUCGGAGUGCCACCAACUGCGUCGAAGAGCGCUGUGAUCCCUCGCGGGACUCGCAUCCAGUUCGGAACGGCGAAGGCGGUAGAGAUGCCGAAGAGGGCGGUGAGGACGACACUGAUGAGGAUUUGUGACUUCAUUGUUGGCAUUGGCGAUGGCCACUUUCUUGUGAUUCUUGCCUGA